AUGCGGCCGGCGCUCCGCCUGCUCCUCGCGGCCGCCUUUGUGAUACCCAUCAAUUCAGAUGAGGACGCCUGCGCCGUUAUACUGAAGGAGGAGGCCUCUCGACGCGCGUGCGCCGCGCUCGCCACGCACGGCCUCCUGCCGCGGCGCGCCCUGGGAACAGCCACGCACGCCCCUCAUCCGCACGAGGAGCACCACGAGGAGCACCACGAGGCGCACACGUACGAGGCGGGCGUGUAUUUUGGCGCUUCGCUACUGAUCGGAGCCUUAUGUUUGUUCAUCAUCAGCCGCUUUUAUCAAGCGGUGCCCUACACGAUGGCCGUGUUUGUCAUUGGUUUAGUAUUAGCCUUGGUGGACCACGCGACGGAAGAAAGGUUAUUAGGGGUCUAUUCUAGAUCUAUGGGUCGAUGGCGCCGCAUGAACCCCGAACUGCUCUUAUGUGGUUUUCUACCUUUGUUAUUAUUUGGAGAUGCCAUGCAGAUCAAUUUACAUACCUUCUACACGAAGAUGUACCGGUGGCUUGCUGCUCGCGACCGCGGGAGUGUUGAUCUCGACCUUUGCCACCGCCUAUUUUGCAGCUUUAUUACCCUACGAGUGGAGCUGGUUCUUCCGGUGCAUGUUCGGCUCGAUCGCCGCAGCGACGGACCCCGUAGCAGUCGUAGCUUUGCUGAAUGCGUUGGGCGCGUCCCCCGGCCUCACGAUGACCAUCACCGGAGAGUCGCUUUUUAAUGAUGGCACGGCCAUGGUCUUGUUUUUACUGUUCGAUUCUCUAGCCCAAAAACACAAGAAGUACAUCUCUGGGGCGGGAAACCCGCCCUACGAGGUUAUCGAGUUCUUUGCAAGGAUGGUCCUUGGAGGUUGUUUUAUUGGAUUGGCCUUUGGCGGCGCGGCGUUGCUGUGUCUACGGUUGUGCCAGCGCAAGUUCGACGAGGUCUCGACGACAUUGCAAAUAACAACAACAAUCAUAGUAGCGUAUGCCUCGUUCUACUUCUCGGAAAUCGCCUGCGGGUGUUCGGGAGUGUUAGCUACCGUGAUGGCCGCCCUCUGUGUGGCGAGGUACGGCUGGGUCUACGUCGACGAGGCGCACACGGUGCACGCGGUCUGGGAGUUUCUCGAGCACGUGGGAAAUACCGUGGUAUUCAUGCUCGCCGGCUCCCUGACGGGCAAGAUCGUCUGCGAGAACUGGAAGGACUCUGGGGGUAAGGGUGAUUGGCUGGACGUGGCCGACUUCGGCUGGUUACUAUUUACGUGGUUCGCUUUGGUGAUCAUAAGAUGUUUGACCAUUGCCAUGCUCUGGCCGCUCUUGAAAUGGUUGGAACAGCGGUAUAGUCAUGCGCACCAACUCGAGUGGAAGGACGGCGUCGUGAUGGCCUGGGGCGGGCUUCGGGGCGCUGUUGGACUAGCUCUCGCAUUGGUCGUGCAGGAAGAACGGGCCCAUUCGGAUGAAGCGAAGAGUGCGGAACAGUUACUCUUUUUAGUGAGUGGAAUUGCUAUGUUAACACUAUUAAUAAAUGGGUGGUCCUGCAAGGCGUUACUGGACUACCUGGGCAUGACCGUUGAGAGUAGUGACACGAGGCACGUGAGAGCCUACGCGAAAGGCAGCGGCCCAUGCCGCGGCCAUCGCGUUGCACGACAUCGUGGCGAAAUAUGGACUGGACGUCCACGGCGCCGCGCAAGUCGAGAAGAGUCAACUGCAAAGGCAAGCGACGCAGCGCUGGAACCGCGUCCGGGCGGCCACACGACUAGGCGUCGUGCAGGAAGCCUUGGCCUACGACACGGGUGUUUAUGGAGGCAACGUUGGCGAGGACGACUUGGACGCCGCUGAUAGGGAAGCUCGCACGGAAAACAACGAACAGGUCCUCCAGAGGAUGCGGGGCAUGUUUUUGAGAGCUCUCAAGGCCGAGUUCUGGGAGAUGAUCGAGAAGGGCUUGGUGCCCGCGGUUCCUUCGCCCGCGCAAAUAUUGCCGUUUUUCGUGUGGCGUCGAGCUGCAAAAUGUGCACACGAAAUUGCAUCAUUUUGA